CACUGACAUGUUGAUGUGUAAUGUGAAGUUGAGAUAGCUAGGCUAGAAAUUAAUAAAAGUAAACAAUAAUAAAAUGGCUAGUACAGCGAGUAUGGCUAGUACAGCUAGUAUGACUAGUAUGGCUACUAUAACUCAGGGAGGAAGCAUAACCAUCGAAAAAACCAAAUAUGAAUGUGCUCAAGUACCAAAACGGUGGCAAAGAGAAGAUGUUUUACGUAAAACAGGAUUAACAGUAGGAAAAGUAGAUUUAUACUACAGUAGAGGAGUUAGAAAUGAUGGCUCUCUGGUACCACCGAUUCGACAAACUGCGAGUAUUUUUAAACAACCAGUUACAGUUUAUAAACUUCAAGAAAGCAAAGUAAAAAAUGAUUACAAGAAUGGCAAUCAAGAGAAACCUAAACAAUUAAUUUGGGAGAAAAGACUGGAAGGUUUAAGGGCUUGUGAUAUCGAUGGGUUUGAAUUUGAAGCUAUGGAGCUUCCCAAAGGUCUCAAACCAGUGGGGCCAAAUGUAACUGAAGAUACAAUUAUACAAAGUGUUGCUACUGCUUUGCAUGUGUCUUCUCAACCAGUGACAGGUCAAACAAGUACAAAAACUCUCUUGGAAAAGAAUCCUGGAGUUUUUUUAGAUCCUAAACAACCACUUGUACAUGCAGUCAAUAUUUCAGAUGAUGAUAUUAAAAGACAAGAAGAGAGGGUGGCCCUAGCAAGGAAAAAAUUGCAGGAUGCACUGAAAAUGUAGACAGUAUUUUUAAGUGAUUUAACUAUUGAUGGCAGUAAGUUAUGAUUCUAGUCCAUCAAAUCAGAAUUCGUAUUUUUUUUAAAUUAUUGAAUUUUUGUAUGUUUUA